AUGUUGGCUCGAGGAUUUUAUGUCCAAAACAGUGCAAAGUCUCUUAGUUACUGUUACCAUUGCUUCAAGUUAUUGUCAUCUCAAGCAAAAUCAAAUCAAAAACUAAGUGAUAGUCCCUGGAUAGUAUAUUCGCAAAAAGUGAAUGAUGGUGUGUUGUCCAAGGAUACUCACCAAGAAAAGGUGGUGCAACACUUACAAGAGCUCUAUGAAGAAGUUUCAGUGUUUCAACGACCUGUUAUUCAACCUAAAAUAGGUGAAUCAUUAUUUAGUUUAUUUAGAAAAAAGGAACCACAAAAAAUUAUUGCACCAAAAGGUCUUUACAUUUAUGGCAGUGUUGGUGGUGGGAAAACAAUGUUAAUGGAUUUAUUUUAUGAGACAGUUCCAAUAAAAGAAAAACUGAGGGUUCAUUUUAACUCCUUCAUGUUGAAUAUACAUUCAAGGAUACAUGAACUUAAAAUCAAAUCAGGCAAAGGGGCCAGUUCCUUCAGAGAUGAAGGUUCCAAACCCUUUGAUCCUAUCCCACCUGUGGCGGCUGAUAUUACUGCUGAAUCCUGGUUAAUAUGUUUUGAUGAGUUUCAAGUAACAGAUAUAGGUGAUGCUAUGAUAUUAAAAAGAUUAUUCACUCAGUUAUUUGACAAUGGCUGUGUGGUUGUUGCCACAAGUAAUAGAAAGCCAGAUGACUUAUAUAAAAAUGGAUUGCAAAGAUCAAACUUCUUGCCAUUUAUACCAAUAUUAAAAUCACAUUGUAAUGUUAUACAAUUGGACUCUGGUAUUGAUUAUAGGUUAAGAGGAUCUGGCAAUAAGUAUGGAAAAUAUUUUCUAAAUAGUGAAUUGACAGCUGACAAUAAUGGCAUAGAUACAUUAUUUAAGUUCCUUGCAUCAAAGGAGACUGACACUGUGAGAGUUAGAGUAAUUAAUAUAAUGGGCAGGAAUGUCAAAUUUUCAAAGACCUGUGGUCAGGUGUUGGAUUCAACAUUUGAAGAAUUAUGUGAUAGGCCUUUAGGUGCCAGCGACUACCUCGUCAUAUCAAAAACUUUCCACACUGUGUUCAUUAGAGAUUUACCUCAAUUGUCCAUUGUGUUACAUAGAUCACAAAUACGAAGGUUCAUAACAUUGAUUGAUACUCUGUAUGACAAUAGAGUGAGGGUUGUUAUAGCUGCGGAUUGUGAACCAAAGAAUCUUUUCAAGUUGGAUGAUGUAAAGGAUGGUAUUGGUGAUGCUGAUAGAGCUUUGAUGGAUGAUCUUAAAAUCACUAAAGAUUCGGACGAUGCAAAUGCCGCAAUAUUUACUGGUGAAGAAGAAAUGUUUGCUUGCGAACGGUGCCUGUCUAGAAUCAUGGAAAUGCAAACUGAUGAGUAUUGGAAGAAAUGGAGUAACGAAGUCAAUUAA